AUGAAGAUCCUGAAGAAGACCAUUAGUGCCAAAGAUGGCCAAGGGACCGUCCUGCUGCGUCCUGAAACGGACGAGGAUCUGUGGCACGCCUACAAUUUGCUGCAAGAAGGGGAUUUGGUUCGCUGCACAACGGUUCGCAAGGUAGUCAAGGAGAGUUCCACGGGAUCCACAACAUCGAGCAAGAAGCGUCUCAUGCUGACCAUCAAGGUGGAGCGCAUUGAGUUUGACAGUGAUGUGUUGGAAGUUCGACUCUCGGGAACCAAUGUGGGAGAGAAUGAACUAGUGCGACUGGGAGCCUAUCACACGUUGACGCUGGAGAAACAUCAAAAUUUCAGCAUUGACAAGGAUUGUUGGGAUCCCAUUUUCUUGGGGAUCCUAGACGAAGCGGCCAAUCCAGAUCAGCAAGCGGAAGUGGCGGCUGUUGUCAUGCAACCUGGACUAGCUCAUGUCUGUCUCAUUACAGGCAAUCUAACAGUCACCAAGGGCCGAAUAGAAACCAAUAUACCCAAAAAGCGGACCGGAUCUAGUCAACAAUCCAAAGCCAUUCAACGAUUCUUCAAUGCCGUCUACCAAUCUAUAUUACGGAAUGUCGACUUUACCAGAAUCAAAGUCAUCCUGCUGGCAUCACCGGGAUUUGUCAAGGACGACUUUUGGAACUUUUUAUUAACCACAUCGGUGCGACAAGAAGAUCGACCCUUGAUUGAAAACAAACACAAAUUUGUACUGUGCAAAGCCAGUUCGGGACACAAACACGCACUCGAGGAUGUCCUGAGUGAUCCUGCCAUUAUGAAACAACUUACCGAAACCAAAGUCGCCAAGGAAGUCGAAAUACUCAACACUUUUAUGCGGACGCUCAAUGAUGAUCCCGAUCGAGCCUAUUAUGGAUUUCACCAUGUCACGCAAGCACAACAAUCCUUGGCCAUUGAAUCGCUGCUGGUCACGGAUGAGCUAUUUCGAAAUUCCAAUGUCAAGAAACGAAAACAAUACGUGCAGCUGGCAGAAAAUGUCAAGGAAGCAGGAGGACACGUGUACAUCUUUAGCAGCAUGCAUGUCUCGGGACAACAAUUGGCACAAGUAUCUGGAGUCGCGGCCAUUUUGCGAUUUCCAUUGCCGGAUUUGGACGAACUGGAAGAAUUGGCGGCGGCAGGACCAGAAGACGAUGACAAAGAUGAUGACGAAGAAGAAGAAUAUGACCCUGAAAAGCGUAUUCGAGAGGAUGUGGCUGAUAUGGGCUUGUAG